UAAAAAUGUUAAAUUGUCUGGUAGUUUAAAAAGGAAAAUGUUCCCAACGAAUAAAAGUGCUUCCUGAAAGACAAGCGAGAGGAGAUUUCGCUAAUAUUCUUACAUGACGACACCAGUCACGUGAUACCUGCCAUCCAAUUGGAAACGAGUUGUUGCUGCCUUGGACUGGAAGUGACACAGGUGGUGCAGCUCCAAAGGGACCAAAGAGUGAAGGGUGCGGGUGGUGUGACGUCAUCAGGCUGCCCGAGGAAGAAGAGGAGGAGGAAGAGGAGGAAGGUUGGUUUAGUUUCGAGGAGGGACGCAAGUCUUGUACUGAAUUAAGCUGAGCCACACUGGAAAACCAAAGCUAGGUUUUUAAAGGAAAACAGCAAGAAAACACUUCCUUUUCAUCACUUUUUGUUCUUUUUUUUUAAGAGAAGACAAGCUUGUAGAAACAUCUACUUUGUGUCUCAGGUGUUCCUGAAUGCACCAUGGAGGCGGGAAGUUGCUUCGGUGGAUGGUAGGGAGCACCACAAGUGGACGUCAACUGAAAGACCAAAGAAGAAAGGCGUGUGUGAGAGAAUGUGUCAAGUCAUUGUAACUUGCCGCUCCAUGCUGUGGACCCUGCUCAGCAUCCUCGUGGCCUUCGCUGAGCUCGUUGCCUUCAUGAGCCCCGACUGGUUGCUGGGAUCCCCGCGCUCGAAUUCCAGCGUGAGCCAUGCAGGGGUGGACUCUGGGGAGUACCGGCCCUCCCUCGGCCUCUACAGCCGCUGCCUUCGCCUGGCCACCCGGGGUGGAGGUGUUAGCUGCGGACCCUACGCCGGAUCUUUCUUAGAGGUGGCCAGUGGCUUCUGGCAGGCGGCCAUGUUGUUUCUGGCCGGCGGGACGCUAGUGCUCGGGGUGGUGGCCUGCAUCUCCAUCUUCAGUCUUUGCUUCCAGAGCAUCUUAAGGAAAAGCAUUUUCAACAUAUGCGGCGUGAUGCAGGCGAUCGCUGGCCUCUUGCUCAUGGUGGGUCUCAUGCUCUACCCUGCCGGUUGGGGUUCCGAGAAGGUGAUGAGUUACUGCGGGCCCGAGGCCUCCCCCUUCAUGCCGGCCCUGUGCUCGCUGGGCUGGGCUUUUUACGCCGCCAUCGGGGGGACCCUGGCAGUCUUCCUGUGCGCUGUUUUGUCCGCCCAGGCAGAGAUCGCCACCUCCAGCGAUAAGGUCCAGGAGGAAAUAGAAGAGGGGAGGAGUCUCAUCUGCCUCCUGUGAGCACUAGGAGUGGACGGACUGUGGACCUUUGGUAUUUUGGAGGUAUUCUUUCCUGAUAGAUUUAUUGUAGAAAAAGACUGUUUGAAUAUUGGUUCUCAUGCUUUGUUGACAUUGUUUAGUGCAUACACUUAGAUCCUCUCGAAGAGCUGCAUAGACACAUUCUUCUUAUACAAAAAAUAGGCAGCAAACAUCUUUUGGAUGCAUUGUCAUUUUUCGGUAACACUUUAGUAUGGGGAACACACAUUCACCAUUAAUUAGUUCCUUAUUAACAUAUUGGCUCUUAAUAAGUCAUUAUUAAGUACUUAUUAAUGCCUUAUUCUGCAUGGCCUUAUUAUACAACCAGUAAGCCAUUAACUAAGAGUCUUCCCUCAAUAACCUCAGAAUUAUUGCUUAUUAGUAACCCAAACCCUAACCCUACCCCUAACCCUAACCCUUAUAUGUUCACCUCGUGUCCUAAUAACUCUAAAUUAACUCUUUGUUACUUUGAUAAGCAACUAAUUAAUGGUGAAUAUGUUCCCCAUACUAAAGUGUUACCAAAUUUAGUUAAUCGAUAUUGGCUCUUAAUUAGUCAUUAUUAAGUACUUAUUAAUGCCUUAUUCUGCAUGGCCUUUUUAUACAACCUUUUAAGCCAUUAACUAAGAGUCUUCCCUCAAUAACCUCAAAAUUAUUGCUUACUAGUAACCCUAACCUUAACCCUUAUAUGUUCCCCUAGUGUCCAAAUAACUCUAAAUUAAGUCUUUGUUACUUUAAUAAGCAACUAAUUAAUGGUGAAUAUGUUCCCCAUACUACUGUUACCCAUUUUUCUUGUCUUUAUCCCUCCCCCCUAAAAAACAUUAUUAUUGCCGCUGAAAAGAAAAAUCCUCACAAAAUUAGGAGAUAAGUAUUUUUAAAAAACACACGUAGGGUGUAGUUGCCCCUUCCUACUGGUGAACUGCAGUAUCUACAAAAUAUAUACCUAAGUAUAAAUGCUGUAAUUCCAGAUGGGACGCUUAUUUGCUUAAACCGUAUCCCCUAAAAUAAAAAGAGGCUAUUAUUAUUUCUGAAAUGUGAAACUUCAUUAUGUAUAACAAGUUAAUUCUGUAAAACUCUAAUAAUAAUGUGUAAUUUGAAAAGGGGAAAGAAAUUCUAGCGGUCUUUUUGACCACAUGGUCUUUUAUUUAGCAACAGAAUCAAUGUUGUCAUGGAGAUAAAUAACAAACUGCACAGUCAGCAUUAAAUACCACUUUAAUAGUAAACAAAACAUUACGACAAGAGUUUUGACCCAUCACCAACAGCUGACAAACACACCUGCUCAUGAUAUUUAAAAGGCAGCUACUGUCAUAUUCUGGAGUUAAUAAAAAUAAUAACAAUAAAAAAACUACAGCCCUCAGCUGUUGAUGGUAAUGUUGUCUGUUCUGUAGAGCGUAGACCACACACUCGGCGACUAUAGUAAACGUGGCAAUUAAAUUGAAUUGAGGUAUUGAUUAUAGCAUUUAUAGUGUAUGAACAGUGUGUUCAAAUAUGUUUAUUAGUGUGGUUGGAGUUUGCAGUUGUGCAUGAGAAAAGGUAGCAUUGUUGUUAUUGUAUGGCAGCAUUUUUUUUAAUAUGUCUUGUGUGAAUAAUCAUACACUAAAAUGGAUGGAUGGAUGGAUGUGCUGGUCUAAGUUUUGGCCAGGGAGUAAACACGAGUGCACAACUUUCAGUAAAAACACAGAACAGAUUGGUAUUAUUUUUAUGGUUCAGCUGCAAAGCAGUAAAUAUCUCCACAUGGUCACUAGUUGUGGUCUUUAUAGCCGUAUUGUUACCAACUGAUAAGUCUCCUUCCUUUGUGUGACCUUUUGUUAUACGGUUGUAGCGCUGAUUGCGGAAUGUUCAUUAAAAUAAUGCAUUGUCUGAUUGCCAAAAAGUCCAAUGCUAAACUAGAAGUGUGUUUUCUAAUUGUUUUUCUUCAUCGUAGAAGGCGAGGUGUGCAAUAAUGAAUUUUUUGUGAAAGUUUUUUUUUGCAUUGUGAAUGGAGUGCAGAAGGGAAUUACAGU